GUCACCGAGGACCUCAAACUUCCGAGACGUGAGGGGAGGACGAGGGUCCGCGUCAAACCGCGCGUCUGGGUUCAGGCACCGCCGCUUUUGCGUGCCGCGCGCCCGGCUCAGACACUGCGCAAGUUGCGUGCGCGCGCCCGUUGCCUCUCUCUCUCGAGCGGGUGCCGCGCGUUCUUUACGAUACAGUGACAACCUUUUAGCGGAACAGCGCGAACGAAUUCAGCCGCACUCGCCCUUCGUUAACUCGCCCGCUCGCCCUUGGAGGAGGGCGAAGGGGGGUUGGGGAUGAGCUGGGGGGGCGCAGCCCGCGCGGCCCUCGCCUCCGCUCCGCUUCGCCCGCAGCUCGGCGCGCUCGCCGUGGGCUCACGUGGGGGGCUCGCGGGGUCGCGCGCCGUCGCCGCCUCCUCACGUGGGUUGUUGGCGCGCGCCCCCGUCACGUCACGUGGUGAGUUCGGGGGGUCGCGCGUUCCCGUCACGUCACGUGGGUUGUUGGCGCGCGCCCCCGGCACGUCACGUGGGCUCGCCAGCCGUGCGGGCUCGCACCCUGACGACAUCGAAAGCGAAGGGCGCGGCGCGAGUGACGUCACAGAGUCACAGGUCGCGGAUGCUGCCUCCUCACCCCUUGUCCGGCGCGGCACGUGGCGCCGUUCCCUGUCCCCAGCCGCACGCCUCGCCACCCUCCUGGGUCCCCAGAGCCUCAGCCCUGAUGCGGAGUCUGCGGGACAGGAGGCACAGGGCCAAGGCAGCUAUCCGUCGAAUGAAACGCAACCUGACACCAGCAUCAAAGGCGUGGACGAGGACACGCAACACGGUGCCCGACAUACGGACGACGAGUCGCGACCCAACGUCGCACACGCGGGCAAAGAGAUGGAGCCCAGCAGCGCGCACGCGGCCGAAGAAAUGGUCGCUUUGCGAAAUGGCCCCUGUGUCAAACCCCAUCCCAAAGAGCCAAAGAUGGGCGGUGAGGGUCGUGAAGGGGCGUGCGCGGUGCGUGACGAUAGGCCGCUCGGCUCUGCGGAGCGGUGCCUUGGGGUCGGGGACCUGGUGCUGGUGGAGAACCGCAAGGGGAACGUCGUCAAGAUGCAGAAGAUGCUGAAGUUGAAGGAGGGCAAGCGCCUGCAUACGAUGUGGGGUUCUCUACAGCACAGCGACCUCGUGGGCCGCAUGCCCGGCGUGGCCGUGAAGGCGUCUGAAGGCGCACUGUUCGUGGUGCGGCGCCCGUCUCUCUACGAGUUCACGCUGUUCAUGUCGCGAACGGCCACCAUCGCCUACCCCAAGGAUGUGAGUGCCAUGCUCAUGCACCUUGACCUGAGACCGGGAGACGUGGUGCUGGAGGCCGGGUCGGGGAGUGGAGCCAUGACGCUGAUGCUGUCCGGUGCAGUGUGGGAGCCUGGCCACGUGGUGUCAUGUGAUGUACGCGAGGAUCACCUGCACGUGGCUCAGAGGAAUGUGGCGUCGUGGCGCUCUGCGUGGGAACAGGCGCGGGGCGUCGACUCGUGGCCGCGAAACAUCUCCUUCCUGAAGGCGGACGUGCUGCGUGACACGCACCUCACCCACCAGUACACGUACGACGCGGUGGUUUUGGAUAUGCUCAACGUUCACUUGGCUGUGUCAUGUGUGCUGCCUGCGCUGAAGCCUGGGGGAGUGAUCAUGAUCUACGUGGCCAACAUCACGCAGGCCGUGGAUGUGGCGGCCACCGUUCGGUCGGAGCGGCUGCCGGUGAGCGUCGAGCUCGUGCUGGAGGUGUCCCACCGAAGCUGGGUCAUUAUUCCCGCGCUGCACAGAGACGGCAGUCCCUACACGAGACCCACGCGGGUCGGCGAGCCGGACAAGGGGGACGGAGGGUUUGAGAAGCCAUCGCUGCAGAACCCCCGGCCAUUCGUCUGUCGGCCAAACUCGGAGCAGUAUGGGCACACAGCUUUCCUCAUCAAGCUGCGAAAGAUACUGCCAGAAUAACCACGCGAGGAUGCCUUCAACCAGCGGUGGAUUGACACAGGGUUGCGAAUUAUUCUUACCGAAUGUAUGAUGCUAAUUCCUUUGCCUGAACGAUGUUAAUAAAUAUUUUGUAUUACGA